UCACAGCUGCUAUAUUGAUUUAUGUGUUUGUUAUUAAACCAGUCUAUUCCACAUGCUCAACUUAUGAAACAAAACACUUUUUACAUUUAAAAUGGCUAAAGGCCAGGUUCAGACCAAAACUAGAUUUUCCUGUGUGUUAUUUAUAAAUAGAUAUACAGUACAAGUCAAAAGUUUGGACACCUUCUCAUUCAAAUGUUUUUCUUUAUUUUUACUAUUUUCUGCAUUGUAGAAUAAUAGUGAAGACAUCAAAACUAUGAAAUAACACCAAAAAAGUGUUAAACAAAUCAAUAUCUUUCAUAUUUGAGAUUCUUCAAAGUAGCCACCUUGAUGACAGCUUUGCACACUCUUGGUAUUCUCUCAAACAGCUUCAAAAUUUGAGAUUUUGGUUCCAACUGCCGUGUCUAUGUGAUGGAAUAGGAGGUAUGAUGGUGUGGGGGUGCUUUGCUGGUGACACUGUCAGUGAUUUAUUUAGAAUUUAAGGCACACUUAACCAGCAUGGCUAGCACAGCAUUCUGCAGCAAUAUGCCAUCCCAUCUGUUUUGCGCUUAGUGGGACUAUCAUUUGUUUUUCAAUAGGACAAUGACCCAAAACGCACCUCCAGGCUGUGUAAGGACUAUUUGAUCAAGAAGGAGAGUGAUGGAGUGUUGCAUCAGAUGACCUGGCCUCCACAAUCACCUGACCUCAACCCAAUUGAGAUGGUUUGGGAUGAUUUGGACUGCAGAGUGAAGGAAAAGCAGCCAACAAGUGCUCCUUAUAUGUGGGAACUCCUUCAACACUGUUGGAAAAGCAUUCCCCAAGAAGCUGGUUGAGAGAAUGCUAAGACUGUGCAAAGGGUGGCUACGUUAAAUAUUUUGAUUUGUUUAACACUUUUUUGGUUACAACAUGAUUCCAUAUGUGUUCUUUCAUAGUUUUGAUGUCUUCACUAUUAUUCUACAAUGUAGAAAAUAGUUCAAAUAAAGAAAAAACAUUUGUAGGUGUGUCCAAACUUUUGGCUGGUACUGUGUCGUGUCUUUGGCAUCAUUAAAGGUGAAGACUGUUAUUUUAUUCAAUUCUCAGUAAUUAUUAUUACCUGAUUAAACUAAUCUUGUAAAUGUAAUUAACAAGGAUGUCGGUGCACGACAUCUGGUUAUCUGCACGAACCCAGCCGAAACCAUGAAUCAUCCAUACACCAGUUGGCUUAAUCAUUUAUUUAUUAACUAACUAAAUAAUCACAGAAAUGCAUAAAUAAACAAACAAUAGAUAUUGGUUACUAACAAGGAUAGGAAAGUCCAUAUUGGGCUAAGCAAAAACAGUUUGGUUAUAACACAAUAGAUUCAGAGAAGAGAAUGAGUUUUGGGAAGGAAGGCUAAGGAACAUUGGAAUAUCGGACCUGGGAAAAUAUUCUCACAUAAAUACGUAUGCUACUAACGAUCGUUCAUUCGGAAAAGCAAUGCAUUGUAUUUACAUGAAGUUGAUUAUGGUUUGUCCUGUCCUUUGUGGAAUCUUGUUGUGUGGUCACGUGGUCUGAGAGGUUCAUCUCACUCUGGAAAUUCGUCCAUGUCGGUCAGUGUUCUCGCACUAGAUUUGCGCAUAUGUUCAGCUGCAGUCUGAUAUAUGCUGGUUUAGUAUGCACUUCUUUAGGUGAUCAAUAGUUCAGAGUUCAUACCAUUUCAUGUGUGGCGCAAGCUCUCAUGUUUCCUGGCCUGUAGGGUUGAAAUUAAAAUGCGCCCUUUUUAAACAUGAGGACAAAUCCUCCCGUUAUUUGGAACUCAGGUGACUUUGGGUAACGGACUUUUAUAGAAAUAUAGAAAAGGGGUUGGUUCAUCCUUUCCAACCAAUGCCUAUUCACUUGGGCGUGGCUCCUGCCUUAGUUAAACUUGAAAGGGAAGAUGAUUUUCUCAUUUUAAAAGUUAACAACAUAUUACAUCAUUUUGCAAAUAGUUUCAUCUUUACUCAUUCAUUUUAUACAAUAAUUAGAUGCAAACCUCAUAACUGAGGCACCUGUAUAAACAGAGUUAGGGUAAUGUGGCUAUAUUGCCUUUCAUAAGGUCACAAACAUGAAACAAAACGGACCGGGUCAUAGCUGGCUUCACCGACCGUUUACACAUUCACCAAAAUAUGGAUAUUGUUCAGUUCUCCAAUUCUGUGAUGUUGUAGAAGUUCCUUUGUUCUACUGUGAAACUCUCUCCAUACUGCAUGUCCAGGGAGAGUCUCCAUAUGGAAUUUAUGAUGUGGGGGUUAAGUUGUAAAACUCCCCUCCCCUCCUAACAGGAGAGGGGGUUGUUCACAUCUCUGCUAGCCAAUUCACUGAAAGGGCUGGCGUCAUGACAACUGUAUUUCAAUAAAAUAGUUCUGGUCCAUUUAAAGGUGCAAGAUUUUUAAUUUAUUUAUUUUAUUUGACGUUUAUUUAACUAGGCAAGUCAGUUAAGAACAUAUUCUUAUUUUCAAUGACUGUCUAGGAACGGUGGGUUAACUGCCUUGUUCAGGGGCAGAACGACUAGUCCAACGCAAUAACGACCUGCCUCUCUCGUUGCACUCCACAAGGAGACUGCCUGUUACGCGAAUGCAGUAAGCCAAGCCCCCAGGUGCAAUGGAUCCGAUGGCUAAGUUGAGAGGCCAGCCGUACGGAGGGGGCAGUCCAUACUCCCAACAACCUGGACAGGGGCCACCCCCAGGAGCCCAGCAGGGUCACGCAUACCCGGGCCAAGGCUACGGUCCCCUCGGCUCCCAGAGAUACCCGGUGGUCAUGCAGGGCCGCACCCCUGGGGCUAUGGGGGGCAUGCAGUACGGGCAGCAGAUGCCGUCUUAUGGGCAGCAGGGACCAGGAGGCUAUGGGCCUCAGGGCCAAGGGCCCUACUACGGCCAACAGGGCCAGGCUUUACACCCAGGCCAGCAGCAAGGGCCCUACCCCCAGGCACCUCUGGGACAGCAGGGUGGUCAGACACCCUACCCUCAGCAGUCCCACCCUCCCCAGACGUCAGCCUCACAUGCCCAGGGUGGGCCGCCCUAUCCGCAGCCCCACAUGCCCCCCCAGUCCCAGGGCCCGCAGCCAGUUCCAUCCCAAGGGCCCCCGCAGUCUCAGCCGCCCUACUCCCAGGUCCCAGCCCAGGCUCAGUCUGGUCAGCCUCCUUACCCCCAGCAGCAGGGGCCUCCCAGCCAGCCUCCACAGCAGGCCAGCUCCCAGGUCCCAGCAGGGUCACAGCCCCAGCUCAGCUAUCCACCCACGCAGGGCCCACAGCAGCUCCCCACACAGCAGCAGCAGCAACCCCAGACACCCUCUCAACCCCCUCAUCAACCACCAGGUCACAGCCAGCAUCCACAGGGCCAGCCUGCAUCCUACUCCCAGAAUCCUCCACAGCAACAGCAGUCACCUUACCAACGCUUCCCUCCUCCACCACAGCAGGAGAUAUCCCAGGACUCGUUCAGUUCCCAGUCUAGCGCCCCUCCCUCCAACCAGCCCAAAAGUGUCUCGGAGGACGUCAGCAUGCAAGGCCAGCCGUCCAGCCUACCGGUGAGUCCUCACCCAACCUGUGCAAAGGAUCUCUCAGGCUCCAUCGAUGACCUGCCCACGGGCACGGAUGGCGCUCUGAGUCCUGGCGUGAGCACUUCAGGUGUAUCAAGCAGCCAGGGCGAGCAGAGCAACAUGACCCAGUCGCCCUUCUCUCCCCACACGUCUCCCCACCUGCCAGGCAUCCGAGGGCCCUCGCCGUCACCCGCCGGCUCCCCCGCCAGUGCCACCACCUCCCGCACGGGGCCCCUCUCACCCGCCACAAUACCAGGGACCCAGAUGCCCCCUAGACCAUCGAGUGUGCAGUCUGACGGGAGUCUGCACGCCGCCAUGAGCCAGUCUCCCAUGGCCCAGGAGAGAGGGUUCGUACAGAGAAACCCCCAGAUGCCCCCAUACGGUUCACCACAGUCUGCCUCUCCCCUAUCACCCCGACAGUCCUCUGGAGGCCAGAUGCACCCUGGGAUGGGACCUUAUCAGCAGCAAAACAACUCCAUGGGGGGCUAUGGACCUCAGGGUGGGCAGUAUGGCCCACAAGGUUACCCCCGGCAACCUGGAUACAACAACAUGCCCAAUGCCAACUACCCUGGCCCUGGCAUGGGCAACCCCAUGAACCCUGGCCCUGGCAUGGGCAACCCCAUAAACCCCAUGUCUGGGCAAGGGGGGCUGCCGUACGCAGGCAUCCCCCCUGGUAGAAUGCCUGCGGGCCAGAUGGGAGUGCGUCCCUAUGGCCCUAACAUGGGGCCCAACAUGCCACCCAAUAUGAGUAACAUGCCACCUCAGGUGGGCUCAGGGAUGUGCCCUCCCCCCGGCCUCAACCGGAAGGCCCAGGAGGCUGCAGCUGUAGUCAUGCAACACGCUGCUACCAACUCCAUACACAGCAGGAUGCCUGGCUACCCCAACAUGUCCCCUGGCAUGAUGGGCUCUGGCGCCCCCUAUGGCCCUCCCAUGAACAACAUGCCUGGCAUGAUGAACACGCAGGGCGGCCCACCUUUCCCUAUGGGACCCAACAUGGCCAAUAACUCCAGUGGUUUGGCCCCCAGUCCAGAGUUUGGUAUGGAUGGGAAAAUGAACCAGGGCCAGAAGAUGAACAACAAAGUGGACGGAACACCGAAAGCAGAACCGACUAAAUCCAAGAAGUCAAGCUCUUCCACGACGACCAACGAGAAGAUCACGCGUCUGUAUGAGCUGGGCCCCGAGCUGGAGAGGAAGAUGUGGGUGGACCGCUAUCUGGGCUUUAUCGAGGAGAAAGCCAUGGGCAUGACCAAUCUGCCUGCUGUUGGCCGCAAGCCCCUAGACCUCUUCAGACUCUACGUCUCGGUCAAGGAGAUUGGAGGCUUCGCACAGGUCAGUGUGAACAAGAACAAGAAGUGGCGGGAGCUGUCCACCAACCUGAAUGUUGGCACGUCGAGCAGCGCUGCCAGCUCCCUGAAGAAGCAAUACAUCCAGUGUCUGUACGCCUUCGAGUGCAAGAUCGAACGCGGGGAGGACCCCCCUCCUGAGAUCAUCACUGACAACAAGAAGGCCAACCAGGCCAAGGUCCAGCCACCCUCCCCAGCUGGGUCAGGUUCUCUCCAGGGCCCUCAGACCCCCCAGUCCACCAGCAGCUCCAUGGCCGAGGGCAGCGACCUCAAGCCCCCCACACCCGCCUCCACCCCACACCCCACCCAGAUGCCACCCGGGGCCAGGAGCAAUGUGGCGCUGCAGGACCCAUUUGCUGACAGUAGUGACCCUGCUUUCCCCAGAAGGAACUCCAUGACCCCUAACUCUGGCUACCAGUCUGGCAUGAGCACCCCAGAGAUGCCAGGUCGCAUGGGUCCAGGGCCCUACGAGGGUCCAGGGCCUAACAAAGACCCCUUUGGUGCCAUGCGGAAAGUUGGGGAGCAGUUCUUGCCUGCCAGUCAGGGUCCUAACAGUGGGAUGGCAGAACAGCAACAGUUUAACCGUGUGCCUCCUCCAGGUGCUAUGUCGAUGGCUCAGAGACAACAGUACGGACCAGGACCUUACGGACAAGGCUACGAAAGGAGGCCAGAGCAGGGGAUGGGCCCAGAGGGCAGCAUGGGAUCUGGUGCUCCGCAGCCAAACCUGAUGCCUGUCAACUCCGACACGGGGAUGUACUCGCCAAACCGCUACCCACCACAGCAGCAGCCACGGAAUGAUUCCUAUGGUAAUCAAUAUCCUGGCCAUGGUACUCCCCCUGGUGGUUCCUAUCCCAAUCAACAGCCAGGAAUGUACCCACAGCAACAACAGGUGAUGGCUCUAACCCACUGUAACUACAAGCGUCCCGUGGAAGGGGGCUACCCACCAGCGAAGCGUCACGAGGGGGAGAUGUACAGUGCCCCCUUCAGUGCAGGGCUGCAGCAGCAGCAACAACAGCAGCAGCAGCCAGGGGUGGCCUCUGCACCCCCUGCUGGCCAGCCAGAGAUGUACCAACCCCAAUACAGCAGCGGCUCCUUCACCGGCACUGACCGCCGCCUGCCUGGUCCCCAGGGCCAGUUCCCCUUCCCCUUCAACAGAGAGCGCAUGCAGGCCGCCACGGGGCCCAACGCCCAGCCCUCCAUGCCCCCUCAGAUUAUGCAGCCAAGCCCUGACGGACCCCCUGGUGGCGUGUGGCAGGGCCGCGGGGAGAUGAACUAUCCCGGCAACUACCCCAACCGGCAGGGUGGCCCCCCAGGGGGCCCAGCCCAGGGACCUGGUCAUCCCGGAAUGAACCGCGGUUCGGAGGAAAUGUCAUUAGAGCAGCGCAUGAACCACGAGGGCCAAUGGGGGCCAGGUCAGAUGGGUCCUCGGCAGCCCCCCUACGGCCCUGGAGGGACGGGCCUGCCCAUGACCCGCACCCUACAGUCCAACUACCAAUCCGCUCAGGCCAUGCAGAACCAUAUUCCACAGGUGUCCAGUCCCUCCCCCAUGCCCCGCGGGGGCCCCAUGGAGAGCCGGACGUCGCCCAGUAAAUCUCCCUACAUGCACAGUGGCAUCAAGAUGCAAAAGGCAGGGCCCCCGGUUCCUGCCUCUCACAUAGUGCCCCAGUCUGUGCAGUCCCCUCUGAUCCGUAGAGACAUGCCCUUUCCCCCAGGCUCAGUGGAGGCCACCCACCCCAUCCUAAAACCACGCCGAUGCCUCACAACGAAAGAUAUUGGGACCCCAGAGGCUUGGAGGGUGAUGAUGUCCCUAAAGUCUGGCCUGUUGGCUGAGAGCACGUGGGCCCUCGACACCAUCAACAUCCUCCUGUAUGACGACAACAGCAUCUCCACCUUCAACCUCAAUUCGCUGCCUGGCCUGCUGGAGCUGGUGGUGGAGUACUUCCGGCGCUGCCUUAUCGAGAUCUUUGGGAUCUUGCGCGAGUACGAGGUGGGCGAUCCCGGCCAGAGGACUCUACUGGACCCUGACGCCCUGAAAAGAGACUGGAGCUGCAUGGAAGAUGAGGAACCAGGGGUGGAGGACAUGAAGGUAGAAGGAGAGGAUGAGGAGGAGGAUGAUGAUGAUGAGGAGGAGAAAGAAGAGGUGGUGGUGCAGCGUUCAAAACAGCCGGCCGGGACAACAAUUGAUGGACAGGCUCAGGUGAAGCAAGAGGAUGAGCAGGAGUCGUGCUCAGAAUGGGACACUCUGAAAGAGAAGGAUGCUGAAGAUAAGGAGAAGAGCUGCUCUACCUUUGAGCAGCCCAGCUCUUCAUCAGACCCCCCUGGCCUGGGCCCGGCUACCCCCCAGGAGAGACCCAAACAGGCUAGCAAGUUCGACAAGCUCCCCCUGAAGAUGGUACGGAAGAAGGACCCGUUUCCAGCAGGCAGGGCAACCCAAAGAGGAAAAGUGCAGGAGUUUGACAGUGGGCUGCUCCACUGGAGUGCCGGCGGCGGAGACAGCACGGAACACAUCCAGACCCACUUUGAGAGGAGGGAGGAAUUCCUGGUCCCACGAGAACGAGUGCUGGUCGUCCCCACAGCCAAGAGGAAAAGGCCAGAAGCAGAGAAGGUGGGGGACAAGGACAAUGCUACCCCCACAGAGAAAUACAAACAGAAGGGGGAAAGGGAUCAGAGGCCCUCCCAGCCAUCAUCCACAGAAAAGGCCUCAACAACAACCGACGGUAAGGAGGGGAAGUCCGAGCACUCGGACGCUGAGACAGAGGAAAUGUCACAGUCCGAAGAGCCCCAGAGCCAGCAGGAGCACGACAAAUCGAGCGGACCCACUCGUCAGCAAGUCCCCCAGCGUGUGGUGGAGGACGAGCCUCACAGCAAGGACGAGGGCCCACUGGUUACACUGGCCAACUGGCAGGAUGCUCUGGCCCGCCGCUGUGUCUGCGUCUCCAACAUCGUGCGCAGCCUCUCCUUCGUGCCUGGCAACGACCAGGAGAUGUCCAAACACCCUGGCCUCAUGCUGCUGCUGGGUCGCCUAGUGCUGCUGCACCACCGCCACCCUGAGAGGAAACAGGCCCCGCUCACCUACGAGAAGGAGGAGGAGUCUGAUGACUGUCUUGGCCAGAGGGACGAAUGGUGGUGGGACUGCCUGUCGCUGUUGAGGGAGAACUGCCUGGUCACUCUGGCCAACAUCUCUGGCCAGCUGGACCUCUCCAUCUACCCCGAGAGCAUCUGCCUUCCUCUGCUGGACGGCCUCCUCCACUGGGCUGUGUGCCCCUCGGCUGAGGCCCAGGACCCCUUCCCCACGUUGGGGCCACACAGUGCAAUGUCCCCCCAGAGACUGGUCUUGGAGACCCUCAGCAAGUUGAGCAUCCAAGACAACAAUGUGGACCUGGUCCUGGCCACGCCGCCGUUGGGUCGUUUAGAGAAGCUGUAUGGGACCUUGGUGCGGCUGGUUGGGGAGAGAAAGGUGGCCGUCUGCAGGGAGAUGUCGGUGGUGUUGUUGGCCAACCUGGCCCAGGGAGACAGCAUGGCAGCGCGCGCCAUUGCUGUGCAGAAGGGAAGCGUGGGAAACCUCCUGGGCUUCUUGGAGGACAGCCUGGCGGCCACCCAGCUACAGCAGAGCCAGAGCUCUCUGCUGCACCUGCAGGGGAUGCACUUCGAGCCCACCAGUAAUGACAUGAUGCGGCGGGCGGCCCGGGCCCUGCACGCCUUGGCCAAGGUGGAGGAGAACCACUCAGAGUUCACACUCUACGAGUCACGCCUCCUCGACCUCUCCGUGUCACCUCUCAUGAACUCUGUGGUGUCUCACGUCAUCUGCGAUGUACUCUUUCUGAUUGGCCAGUCAUGACAGCUGUAGGGAGCUUUGGCUCCACCUCCUCUUGGUUUCUUCCCCCCUCACCCCCUGGUUACAACAUGGCUUGUAUGUGUGUAGGGGGAAGGGAAAGUUCAAGUGACUGUUUUUAAUUUAUGCAAACCCUUCAGAUUCCACUGUCUGAGCCCACUUUCGCUGUUCUCACUCAAGGAGAAGGGACGUCACAAAGCUACACUGGUGGAUUUACAAACCAGACACUCCACAAACUGUCACAACUUGUAACAUUAAUGCCAACUAGAUGACAGAGUGGAGAAUCUGGGUUUAGGAGUGUUCCACAUGUUGUUGUUUUUUUUUGGGGGGGGUGUAUUUUUAAUAAAGAUAAAUAGCUGAAAAACAAACUGUAACCAAAGUUGCUGUCUCGUUUACAGGAAAUUUGGGGAUAAUGUGUGCCCCUCGAGAGCACAGUGAGUGAGUCAGACUGGUUCAUGUUUGGAGGUAGUGCAGACUGAGGAACAGCCUGAUCUGAUGGCAUAGUUGCUGUAAUUGGAUGCUUACCAGUCAGCCUACCACUCAGUAGGCUGUUGAGACACCUUCGCUGGAGAGGCCUGUGCAGUAGAUUGUAGGGCAUUUUCUCUACCGUACUGCUCGAGUGUCAGGCAUUCUGUAAAAAAGUUUCAUACAGAAAAACGUUGCCAAUGCAGCUCUACUAGAGUUAAAAGGUCAUUUUAGUUUUGACGUUAAAAGCUAAAAAGGCUUUCCCCAAAGUACCGAGAACCUACUACAACACCCUUACCUCCUCUCUUUAGCCCUUGAUUGUAUGAAUUUACCCUUGUAAAAUAAAUCACCUCUUAGGAUUGGUUUUCAACUUCAGAUGCAGCUUUGCUGUGGUGUAUAUAUAUGAUAUUGUACAUUACACUUCCUUUCUGUGUCUGUCUCUGUCACUAUUCCCACUCAUUUUGUUGAUGAGGAAUGGAAGGUGACCCAUGAGUGUGGUUCCUGUCAUCCAGUCCCUGCUGAUAGACCCUCUCACUCCACGGCUCCUUAGUACGGCAGACUCGGAACAAAUCUCUUAUCUCCUCCUGGUACAACAAAAAAACUAGAUGAAGAAACACACUUGACAAUUCAUUUCUCCAGGAUUCUGCAUAUUUGUAUUUCAAACUGUAGCUAAAAACAUGUAAAUUCCUCCUUUUCCUUUUUUUGGCUCAAUGAAUAUCAUUCAGUAUGAAAUCUUUAUACUAUAUGUUCCACGUGGUAAGAAUAAAUGUACAUUAAAUCUUCAUAAAAUGUUUGGUUUUGUUCCGUUGGACUUGGUGUCUUUCUCAGAUGUACAAUUUAUUAAAAAGCAUUUUGUCUUUCACAA